CCGCAAUCCUACAAGUACUCUCACCCUGCACCCUAUCUGCAGCAGUAGUUGUGUCACUCUCCAGUAACCAACCAGCGCAGUCAGCGCCCAUUCUUUUGAUAGCACGCUCUGCUGCAAACUGUCUAUUGUGUAGUGCAGCAGCAAACUGUUCACUGAUCAGCAUAUUAGCAACCAAACGUUAUCCCUUUAUCUCCAAGGGGUUCGAAUCAUCUGACUACGAGCAUUGUCACCUAGAGAACUUAAGGUAUUCUUCGCUAUUGUUCAACGGAGGAAUUUCUUGCUGGGCGAAGAAGUGCGUUCACUCCAGAAAUGGGGUUCAAUAGAGGGUUGCAAUGCGCUCUGCCGAUUUUGCUGCUGCUGUGUUGCCACGCGAUGGUCGGCAGUCACGCUCAACCGGUCCGUAGCAGGUUCAAUGCGUGGACCCCGAACACAGAGUUCCCGACUGAUACUCAAAUCCGCCUCACCUUGGACAGACAAAACUUCGCUGGAGCUGGAUCCAAGGAGUCCUUCUUAUAUGCCGAAAUCAGUGCGUGGAUCAAGUGUCCCCCGUUCGACUCCGCGGGCACCGUGACGACGUUCUACUUGUCGUCCUCGGGACCCGAGCAUUGCGAGCUGGACAUGGAGUUUCUGGGGAACUCGACUGGGCAGCCGUUCAUUCUGCACACCAACGUGUUCGUGGGCGGGAAGGGCGAGCGCGAGCAACAGAUGUACCUGGGGUUCGACCCAUCUGCGGAAUUCCACUUGUACACCUUCCGGUGGACCAAGGACUCGGUGCUGUUCCUGGUGGACGGGGCCGUCGUGCGGGUGUUCAAGAACCUGGAAGGACAAGUGCCGGGGUUCAAGUACCUGAAGGAUCAGGCGAUGAUGGUGUACGUGAGCAUCUGGGACGGCAGCCAGUGGGCUACUCAGGGAGGGAGGGUGAAGAUCAACUAUGACUCGGCUCCCUUCGUGGCGCACUACGACUACUUCGGGCUGAAUGGGUGCACGGUGGACCCGAAUGAUGCAGCGAAUGGAGUGGCAGCGUGCCAGUACAGUCCGUAUGCGACGGGACAGAACAAUGGGAACAGCAACCCACAGCCCUCGACAACGACGACGAUGCUGUACGACUACUGCUAUGACACGAACAGGAACCCGACGCCGCCACCAGAAUGCGCGUACAACAAGGUAGAGUAGAGUAGAGGAGUGCAGAUCAGAGCAGCCCAUGUGGGGAUUGGGGAUUCUUCGAUGAGUGGGCGUAGGGGGGCAGCAUUUGCAGAGUAGGGCGGAGGAGUUGUAAGUGUGUGGAAUUGGGGAGUGUAUUGAUACAUUGUUCUUGAAUAAAAGUGGAACCGUUGGGGCUGCAAUUGAUGACACAACGCGUGGUUUGGGUGGAGACGAUGUGUGAGGUGGAGUUGUGGAAUGUGAUACAGUAGAACGGGGUCGGUGGCUCAGAGAAAGAGGGGUUGGGCUCGAUGAAUGUUGUGACCUGAGCAGCUUCGCGGGCCGGUAGAUUGAUGUAUGCCAAGCGAGAGUGUGCGGAGGAUGGACAGGGCUCCAUGAAGCGUUGUCACGGAUGUAGGAGAUCGGUGGAGAAAUGGAGCGUGAGAAGAUUGACGAUGGGCCGGCGUCGAGCACGAUCCCGAAAGGAUGUGGACGAUGAAGUGUUGGUGGGACUGGUACGGUAUGAGAGCAUCGUGUGGGGAUGCGCGGUGCAUCGUGAUGUGUUCGGAGCGGUGAUGAGAUGCUUUGAAUUGCGGGUGAUGUGGUCGUGUGACACAGAGGAGGAUGUGUGGAGGCAGUGUGCAUGGUUGCUGUCGCAGAAGAGGCGGGAUUGAAGGGUGUGGAGCAGUAUGAAGUUUGGAAGGAGCCUGUGAAGAUGAUGUAUGAUGAGACGAUUGAUGAAAAAGCCAGUAGCGUAGCUGACGUUUGAAGCGAUCGACAACAGUGCACAACUGAUGGGGAUCGCUGUGACUAUGAACAAUUUUCUUUUGCAAUAAUGUGUGGUACAUUGCAUGCAUUUUGUAGUACACAUGUAUAUUGCGAAUGAUGGCCUUGAAGAUCUUGUUUCCUUCUUUCAAUGUAUUUUAAGGAUCUUAACACCUUCCUUUUUGCCU